AUGCUUGCAAUCUCGUCAAGGGUCGGGUGGCGAUACGCCUAUUUCUUGAAAGGAAUAUCGGCAGUGAUAGCAUGCAAGAAUCCCGAUAUUAAAGUCACCGUUGUCGACCUCAACCAGACUAGAAUCAAUUCGUGGAAGUCAGAUCAGCUUCCAAUAUUCGAGCCUGGUCUGCGAGAGGUAGUCCAAUUCGCACGGGACAACGAAUGUGCUGGUCGCCAAAGCCGUCUCCCAAACCUCUUCUUCUCAACCAAUAUCGACUGCGCUAUUGCAUCCGCAGAUCUCAUCUUCAUCGCAGUCAACACCCCAACCAAAUCGGUAGGACAAGGAGCCGGCAGUGCGUCAGACCUUGCAUAUGUCGAGGCUGCUGCCCGCCGAAUUGCCGAGGUGUCAACUUCAGACAAGAUCGUUGUAGAGAAAUCGACUGUACCAUGUGGCACGGCGCAGACGUUGCGACACAUAUUCGCUUCUGUUGCUCAGGCGCCUGGCGUGAAUUUCGAGAUCCUAUCGAAUCCAGAAUUUCUGGCCGAAGGUACCGCCAUUCGGGAUCUCCUCAGCCCAGAUCGUAUCCUCAUUGGGUCGAACAGAGACUGGCGCGCUUUGCAGGCUGCCGAUCGACUCGCGGACGUAUACGCCGCCUGGGUACCACGUGAGCGGAUUCUGACAGUCAAUUGCUGGUCCUCCGAACUGUCGAAGCUUGCAGCCAACUGUAUGUUAGCACAACGGAUCAGCAGCAUUAAUUCCUUGAGUGCAAUAUGCGAGGUCACCGGCGCAGAUAUCGACGAGGUCGCACAUGCCGUUGGCCAAGAUACUAGAAUAGGUUCGAAGAUGCUGAAAGCUUCUGCUGGUUUUGGAGGCUCCUGUUUCAAGAAAGACAUACUGGGCCUUGUAUACAUUGCAGAAAGCCAUAACCUCCACGAAGUUGCUUCGUACUGGAGACGGAUUGUCGACAUUAACGAGUACUCAAAAGCUCGUUUUGCGAAACGAAUCACUCAAUGCUUGUACAACACCUUGGAUCACAAAAGAAUUGCAAUUCUAGGGUGGGCAUACAAGAAGGACACCGGCGAUACCCGCGAGAGUGCUGCCAUCAACGUGGCUGGCCAACUAAUCGCAGAAAAUGCGCACGUGGCCGUGUAUGAUCCAGAAGUUCGUCCAGAGCAGAUCAUGAGUGAUCUCACACAACACCAUAGCCCAGAAGCAUUGGCCGAAAGAGUAUCCAUACACAAAGAUCCGUUUUCAGCAUGCGUAGGUGCGUCUGCCGUGGUCAUAUUGACCGAGUGGGAUGAGUUCAAGACAGACAGGUUGCCAAGUACUGUCACAGAUAUCCUGACGAAAGAAAUCUUGGAUGCUCCACUCGCAUCUACACCUCGGCGUACAUCUGAGGAUUCCAGAGGUUCUAGCGAGCGCAGCUGGGCGGCCGAGGAUGGCUCAAGUGACGAAAGCGGCGGAGAGCAAUCAGUCAAGAGCCCAGUGUCCGAAGUCGAGAUGACGCCUCAGCAGGAUGGCAAAGCGGGCAUUGAUUGGCCACGAAUAGCGAGCUGUAUGCGACGGCCAAGGCUACUAUUUGAUGGCAGGAAUGUGGUUGAGCCGGCGAAGCUGAUGGCUCUUGGUUUCCAGGUCCACUGCAUUGGCAAGUCUGGAAGCGCGUUGAAUGUUUGA